AUGGACAUGGACAGAUCGAGCAACGGCGAGUACAAGUAUCAGAGGGACGAUGAUGCCGACGAUAAACCCAGGUCGUUGGACGAGUCUGAGGAGAAAGACGACCAGCAGGUCGACAAGGCCGGCGAGUACAUGCACGAGCUCUUGCAGGAGAAGAUCGACCUGGACGCCCAGAAAUGGCCCAACGCAAUCCGCUUGCUGGACCAAGAGAUACAAAAAACGGAAACUAUGCGAAGACCAAUGAGAGAGUCGAAAUAUGUGGAUAUUUACCGUGAAAAGCAUGUUCGUGUCUCUGUCAAAGUUUUGAUACCUAUCCGCGAACAUCCUAAGUUUAAUUUCGUUGGGAAAUUGCUGGGCCCGAAAGGCAAUUCCAUGAAACGGCUGCAAGAAGAGACAAUGUGUAAGAUGGCAGUGUUAGGCAGAGGAUCGAUGAAAGAUAAACAGAAAGAAGAAGAACUUCGUGCUUCCUUGAAUUUGAAAUAUGCACAUCUUUCCGACGAUCUACAUGUGGAGAUUACGGCUAUUGCCCCACCGGCGGAAGCUUACGCUCGCAUUGCUUUUGCGCUCGCCGAAGUACGGAAAUACUUGAUUCCCGAUAACAAUGAUAAUAUACGUCAAGAACAGAUGCGCGAAAUGGAGAUGACCAUGACUGACGAUCCUGUCUCUAAUGAUCGGAGAGGACCUUCAAUGAGAGGACCUUCGAAUCUUGGCGUUGGUAAUGUACCGAGACCCGCUGCAAGACAGGCAUUACCUAGAGGAACGUCUAGAGCUAUUCUUCCUCCACCACCUGUAAAUCGUGGGCCACCUAAUCGACCUGCACCGUCGAAAUCGAAGGUGUUCUCAAUAUUGGAUCGUGCAAGGGCUGCUAUGGAUCAAAGUUAUAACUAUGAUACCCAGACUCCUCCGCCAGCGAACCGGACUGGAUCGCAUCAUGAUUACGAUUAUCACGGAUCAUCAGGUAGUAACGCUCGAUACGGCGAUCGUUACCCAUCGAAUUCUGGAUACACGACUUACGAGUACGAUGAUGACUCUGCACCACAUUCUUCACGCGAUUAUUACGAAUCUUCGGACUAUCCAGAGGAUUCGUCGAGCCGCGCUUGGAAAUCUUACAAGACCACAACGACGUCAGGCGCAGCCUCGCGCUACCGCACCACCCCAUAUACACGACCUUCAAACGUUGUUACUAAUCCGUUGGUGGCUAAUCUUCCUAAUGCACGGCGGCCUAUGAUGCCCACUAUGCAGAAACCGGUAAACGAAAGAAAUCGUCCUUAAUCGAUCGACGACAUGAAGGCUAACACGGUAAUAAUGCCCAAAUAUUAUUCCCUCUUGACGAUUACUAAACACUAACGUUAAUACAAAUUUCCUAUUCUAAGGGAGAUUUAUUUAUCAUUAAAUUUCCUUUCUUAUAAAAAGCUAAUAAAUCUUUAACGAAAUAAAAGGCUCAUGCUGUCUAUCGCACUCUAUUCGUAUCUUUUUCUCAUUCAUAAAUGUUUAAUAUUAAUUUUAUUUUAUAUUAAUUUUUUUAUAAUGGAUUCAAUAAUUUUCAGAUUAUUUUUCGCGGCCACUGGAUAAACAGGAACAUAUAAACUAACCCAUAAUUAAAAUACAUCCAAUAUAGAAUUUACACAGCCAAAAUUCAAUAUUCAUCAUAUUAAAUUCAAUAUUCUUGACCAUGAACGCGAUAAAUUUAUUCCUUUGAAAGUUCUCCUCAAUCCUCAAUUGCUUCGUAGUAUAAUUUUAUAAUUCAAUUACUUCAUAAUAUAAUUUUAAUUCAAUGUAUCUAGUUUGCUAUAAAACAUUAAUUCCGUUUCCUCAGUCCUAUUCCUAAAAUUUUUGACUAUAAAUGGAUUUAAUUAUUGACAAGAAGUAAAGGACCAAGAGGAUAGAUGGGAUAAUUUACAGUAAAAGAUUCAAAGUAAAACUUUGAAUAAGCGAUUAAUAUUCCAUAAAGUGAAACGAAAAUUAUGAAUUUCAUAAUUAUAUACUCAAUAUUACAUAUAUAAGUUAAGUGUGAAUUAGAGGCUAAAGGAUCCUCAAUAUCUUCUUCUUUGUACUUAAUGUCUUUUAUGAUUUGAAAAAAAAGUUAAAUAAGACAUUAAAAGAUAACAAAUCUAAUCUGACUUAUGAUCAAAUCAUGUAUUAACAUUACUCUUCCACUCGCUCGAACGAGAUGUAAGUCGAAUGUACGUAUUGAAAUAUUUGAAAUAUCAAAAUAAUAUUGCAUUGUAAAUAGAAUAGAUUAUUAAAAGAUUUAAAUUAUAUACAAUGCAAACUACAAUUAUAAAUUGAUAUGAAUUUUUUAUUAUUAAUAUAAUAUGACACCAUGUUACUUACUUAACGCACACAGCCUCUAUUCAUUAAAAUUAAACUGGAUAAUAUGUAGAUUACAAAAAAAAUAUUAACAACUUGUAUUCUCUAUUAUGUAGAAGAAUAGAAGAUUAAGAUAAAUCAUAGUGUUAUACAUAUAUAUAAAUAAUUUCCAAUAUAUGAAUAUUUAAAAACAUGUAGACUGUAAU